CGAUUUAAGAGACUUGAUGAGCGGUUGAAAGGUCCAAAUCACCCCUCAUCGUAAUUGUAUUCUUGGCUCUGUUAUUCUCCGCAUUAGUGCCUCUACUAGGAAACUCUUAUGUCUUCGUUCCAUUCGAUUUCAGCUUACCCCAUCUCACCCUCCAUCGAAUUCCAUUGUCACCAUUCCUCAUUGUCGUCGUCGGAUCGCCGACAAUAGAUCCAACAACUCCCAUUUUCAGCAUCUACUUUCCCUUCCACUUUCUCGUUCCCCCAGAUUCAAGAGAAAUUACAAUUCUCGCGAAUCUGAGGGAACGCAACCCUAUGACCAGUGGCGGACCUAAGGAGUGUGUGUCGUCCGACACACCCUCACUCCCUCACUCGCAGUGGCGGAUUCAGGGGGUGGCCACCCCGGGCCCCUGCCCAGCCUUCCUCUGGAUCCGGCAUUAGUGUAGUCCUUAUGAAUUUUUCAAUAAUACAUACACUAAUUACAUAAGCUAGACCGCUGGUGGGACUGAGGCUAGAUCGAUGAUGAAAUAUUGAAUGGAGAGAGCGUGUUAAACUAAGCGGGUGGUAGAUAUCCACGAAAAAAGUGGAGGGAACUAACCAUGGAUGUUUUUAGGAAAAAAAUGAGAGAGGAAUAUAGAUAAAUAACUAGGAAUAUAAUUGGAAAAAAAAAUCAACCAAUCCCCAAUAAAACACCUCAACAAUUUCAAGUUUUACUUUAGAUAUUAAUAUUACUCAUUUUGAGUUAUUCUUUCCAUCUCAUCAACAAAACAAUUGGUGCAUUGUUGAAGGAAAAAAAAAACCCAAAAAAGCAAUGCAUUGUUUACAAUGCACACAUCAUAAUAAUCUAACUUACACUAUCAGUCUAUCACCAAAACCAAACGACCCCUUAACGAUAAAUACGGGUGGAUUGAAUCAGCUUGAUCGAGUGGGUCGGUUUUCUGGAGUUUUAGUUCACCCCCAACUUCUUUAUCUUGGAUUGGGCCAUGGUCCUUCCCGACUCCUCUGGAUCCAUCCCAUGUGGGCUGCUUGAAUUUCAAAUAUUGGGAGUGGGCCCUUGUCAACAAAUAAAAUAGAAAAAAAACAAAACUGCGGUGGCCCGUUUGGUGAAAUUUCAUCGAUUCGGCCGAGCGGAGAAGAAUCAAUCAAUAAACUCUCUCCUAUCUAUUCUAGGGUUAGGGAUUUUCUGCGCGAAGAGCAUAGAACCACAGCAGGGUAUCGAGAAAUGUCGAAGAAGAACAAUUUGUCCAAGAGAAAGAAACAGUAUGAGUUCGAGCUGCAGAGAGAAAAGGAGGAGAGGGAGAAGCAGAAGAAGAAGCUCCAAGCAAAGAAGAACAAGAUGAAAGUUGAUGGUAGUGGGAAGACGAAGAAGAAGAAAGGUAGUAGCGGGUUUCAGGUUGGGAAGAAGAAGAAGAAGUUGAAGACCAAAUUGACUGCAACUGCAAAAGCUAAAGCUGCUCAGGCCAUGGAGCUUGACAAGUAGGAAGAGAAAAAAAAAACGAACUUUAUGUACUGUGAGGUUUGUUCUCUGUUCUGAUUCUAACUAGUUAUUUAGGAGAAUGCUUUGCUUGCCUGUUCUGUGUGUGUGCCUUGUGGAAAUGGACGUUUUGAGAGGUAGUUCGAAGUUCAAUGAGGAUGGUGCAUUCUUCUUUCGUUCUUUCUCUGCAAGUCGCGUUGUAGUUUGUUGUACAUUGUCGUGUGUUGUUUGGUUGAAACAAACUCCUUCCAAAUCGAACAACGAGCAUACUGGGUAAUAGUAUACAACGUCUGGAAAUUUAUCUCUGCUUUCUUUUCUUGUUGGUUCAUCUUGCCCUUUUUUCAGGCUGAAGGCCAACUAGCUAAGGUUCAUCAUUAUCUAUGUUUGUUGCGGUUUGGUUACGAGGUUAGCUACUACGUAAGAUUGUUAGUCAAAGUUCAGGAUUUCGUGUUUUCAAAACUUACAAUUCUUAGCUAGGUUCUGGUUUCUCAGUUGAGUUGGUAGUGCUUCCCUUCUCCUUCAUGACAGAACCCUAGAAACAUUGCAUUUCCCCCCGCAACAAUGUGAUUACGAGAUUUAGCAAAUCUCAUUGCAGCUUUUCAUCCAGAUAUCAUUUCAGUUUCCCUAACUAUGCAGCGAUUGUAAUCCAGGGGUCUGAGAUUAUUAGUCGUUCUUUUAGAAUUUUGUUGAUUUACAACUCCCAAUUCCUAGGGGUUGGAAGUUGCGUGUGUCAGUGUGUUUAGGUUAAGAAACAAGUCCAACAAGGGAACAUGUUUGCCUCAUGGCUGGCUUGGCAAGACGAAGGUGCUUGAAAACUCGACUGCCAUGCUUAGAGGCUAGAGCAAAGAGCACUUGUAAUUUUUUUUAAUUAAAUUUAAUAGCUGAGUGGCAUGAACGGCUCGAGUGGUUAACCGCCUCGGCCGCUCGUCAACCACUACAUAAAACCGGAGCGACUUUUAGACUGUUUCGAGUCGAUUUUGUGACCAGGUGGCGGUUUUACCGGUCGGGCCGAGCGGCUCGACUCGGCGUUAAUAACACUGUGUCAAAGCCAACAAGUAUAAAGCUAGUGGGGACGAGUUAGAGUGCUUAAGAUGGCUAAUUUCGUUUGACAACCGGAGUUAGUCGUGGAUGUAGGGCUGGGAAGCGAUGCGGUCUAGUCCAGACCGGACCAUAUAUGCAGUCUACGGGUCAUAUUGAGAGGUUAGAGUAUAGACCACAGAUCAGACUACAGAUUAUACGGUCCGGAUCAGAUCACGUCAGUGCGGUCUGGUUCGGUACAGUUUGGUCCUAGAUAGACCACAGUGAACGAAAAAUGAACAAUUUAAUUAGUCACCCACACAUAAAAUUGAACCAAUAACCAAGAAAAAAAAGUUUUAUUCCCUUAAAACAUAAAUUCCUACAUGUAUAAUUUUGACACCAUAAAUUGCAAUAGAUAAUAAAGUUACAAAGUCAAAACAUUCGAACUUGCACCGUAGCGUCAUAAACAUUUACAUAAUGUCAUAUGGAGACAUGAUCGUCUCUACUCUCUAGUGAAAUGUGGUUGUGAAUGAAGGAGGGGACGAGAUUCUCAAAAUUAAGAUUGAAACUUGGGUAUCAUUGUGGGUUAGGAGAGUGGUAAAGUGGGUUGCUAACACAUAUUGAGAAGUUUGUUGGGUCCACGGUUUGGUCCGGCAAACCACGGUCUCGACCAGAUCAUGAAAUCAAAACAUCAUACAAUACAGACCAUGGACUAGACCAUACCAUACUUAACAGUCUAUGGCCCGGACCAAACUAUGCGGUCCGGUUGGACCAUGAUUUUUCAAACGGUCUGGUCUACUUUUCCAGUCCUACGUGGAUGUAGUCAGGGGCGGAGCCACACCUCACAUAGGGAGGUCCGGUGCACCACCUUGGGAGGAGAAGCCCACACAAAAAAAUAAGCAGGUAUAAAUAUAGAGGGAUAGG